ACACAGACACACGCACAUCACAGACUCCUUGACACAUACAGACACACUCAUUGAGGUUGACACAUGGUUUGACAGCUUGUUGCGUUGUUUUAUUCAAAGAGUCAAAUCAAAGAGUUAAAUCAUUUACUGGCGCUUGGGGUCUUGAGACAAUCUUCUCGCCAUGCACUGUGUGAGCAGAGGAGGCUGCUACCUGGUGAACUCCUGCUGUGAACUCCAGGAGGACAACCAGUGGAGGAAAGAGAGCUACCAGGCCUGCUGGCUGAGCCUGGUCCUCGAAACAAGACCUCAAUACAAGCUGACACUAUCAGAGAAAGACAGCGUUCGUAGAGAGAGUUAUAAGCAGCAGCAGGUGGUCCACUUCCUGGUCGAAAGGAGCCCCAGCCAGACCCUGGUGCUGGGCAGCACCAGUGGGGGUCUGACGAAGCACCAGCUACCCUCCUUCAACGCCGCCAGGGACCUACGCCGCGCCACGGCCACCUCUGGGUCUAAAGCACAGGUCAUCGUACCAGGGAAGGAGCAUAACGGAGGAGAUAGACGGGAAAUAACUCAGGAUCUUAGCAAGUCAGCGAGAGUGAACUUCAGAGCCUCCAGUCUGAUGUCGCCUCCAGGAGAAGUCUCUCAUCGGGUGCAGAGGAGGGAAUGAAGCAAGGUAGUGGAGGAAAAAAAAAAUAUAAACCUAUAUAGGAUGUUAUUUUUGUAGUUUAUAUACUGAUACUAGUAAAAAAUAAAAUCUAAAAGUUAAAAUUGAACUCUAUUGAAAACUAUUACCAUGUAUUACAUACGGAUUUUAUAUUCAUCAAACUCAUUUGCGCACCAACAAACUUAAUAUCUAAAAAAUAUCCCCACAAAGAAGAGAGACUGCAGUGUCUCAAAAUGCAUGCGUUAUUUUUUAGUAGAUGCACCGAUCAGCCACAACAUUAUGACCACGGACGGGAGAAGCUAAUAACAUUGACCAUCUUGUGAUAAUUCACUGUUCUGCUGGGAGACUUCUGGACCUGGCAUUCGUGUGGAUGUUACUCAGACAUGUAGCACCCACCUAGACCAGACCAGACCAGACACCCCCACCACAUAGCAAUGACACUCCUUGAUGACAUGUUACACCUGUCCCUGUAGUCCUCCCCAGCAGGAUGCAGCCUGACACAGGCACACACACAAAAACGGUUUAGGAACAACUCAAAAAACAUAAACAAAAACCUUGGCCUUCAAAUUCACUAGAUCCCAAAACGAUCAAGUAUCUGUGGGAUGCACUGGAACAAGCCUCAUCCGCUAACAAUAUUGCGAUGCCAGACACCACAGGAAAGGAUCUCCAAAGGCCCAUGCUCGUCGUCUGAUAAGUCACGACUGUUCAGGCACAAGGGCGACCUACACAAUAUUAAGGAGGUGGUCAUAAUGUUAUGCCUGAUCUAUGUAUAUUGCAUUUUAGAUGCUGACUUUGAUUCUUUAUUAUGACUGUUUCUAUACUGUCAGUGAUUUCUCAAAUAAACCCUAAUAAAACACUGUCUGGUGGCUUGUAUAUUUACUGUUGACUGGAUGAAACACAUUUGUUGUAUUUAUAUAUUCCUGUUUAUUCUCUUACCAUAUGUAUUAUGAGCAUCAUGUUGCAUUAAAAACAUUUUCAGCAACAACUCUUUUUUUUCUUUUUUUUUUUUUAAAAAUACAGCAUUUUAAGUCUCUAAGGAAAAAGAAAAUCACAGAAAACUUGGAAAUGAGGUUCUCAAACAAAUUUAUUCAGAUGAUUUCACACACACAUGAUGAUCAGUGUCACUGUGACAUUUACAGUGUUAUCAAUGACUUACCUAUUCACUGAGACAAGAUCAAAAACAGACAACAAGAGACCCAAGUGUAAAAAUAAAAAUUCCACAGUUAUAGCGAUUUCCUUGCAGGCGCAGGUUAGAGUGUGAAUUCAAAUAGCCAUUUUUAUGUUGCUAUUUUUGUUAAAAGAUGUUACAGUACCAAGCACUAGUUUGUACACAUGCACCUCCAGUAAUGUCCUGUCUCCCUGAUAGUUAUGAGGCUCUCGCGAACCAGCGACGAGAUACAAAAUAACACUAUUCUGUAGGUUUUACUUAGUUUAGUUUCAAAGUGGCAAAACAUGAGAUUGUCAUAGAUGAAGGAAACUGCAUCGUUGAUAAAAAAAAAAAAUCCCACAAAAUCCC